AUGGGGACCCUUUUCGGCCAGCCAAGUCAGCAACGGGGGCGUCUUGCUUCCACCCACCGCUACAAAACCACCCACGCUGCCGCCCACACAUUUAGACUUUGGCGCUUGGGUUACAGACACACACACGCCAGGAUGCACUUCCAAACUCUAUUUGCGUUUGUCGCGGUAUUUGCCGGCGUCGUGCAGGCUGCGGCUGUCCCCCGAGCCGUGCUGAACGCUGAUGGCCUUGGCGGCAUUAACAAGCGUGGAGAGCAACAGACAGAUGGUCUUGGUAAUAUUGUCAAGCGAGGCGAGCAACAAACAGAUGGCUUCGGUAACCCCAACAAGCGUGGAGAGCAGAAGACGGAUGGUUUUGGCAACUCAAACAAGCGCGGAGAAGAACAAGCCGAUGGCUUUGGUAACCCCAAUAAGCGCGGCGAGCAACAAACAGAUGGCUUCGGUAACCCCAACAAGCGUGGAGAAGAGCAAGCAGAUGGAUUCGGUAACCCCAACUAG